GCAGCACUGCUAGCCCCAUCAUCGUCGUCACUUGCUCGCUCCAUCACAACAGAGUGUGAAAAAGUGUGUGAUUUUUUCUACCAGAAAACCUGCAUUUUUCUACGUCGAAAUGGACUCCUGGUGCCCUGCAGUGUUAAGGAUUUUGUUGGCCGUUGCCUAAGGCUCACGACUGACAAUCUGUGGAAACCGCGCGGAUAUCGCCAGUAGCUGAAAAUCGCGCUUUAUAUUCUCCUCAUCGACGGAGCUAUUUCACUUAAAAAAAAAGAAAAUUGUGCUAAUAAACAAUCAUGGUGAAGAAGAAAUGCAACACCUUCAAGGACCAGGAUUCGUCGACCGAAUCCAAUGACGACCUCAUGGGUCGCGGGAGUGCGGGACCUAUCCAGGCCGGUUCCGGCGAAAGCUGCAAGCACGCCCUAAAAGCCGUCGAAAUGUCCGCCAUUCGCAAACGGCUCAAAACCAGCGGUCUCGAUCGGGAGUGCGCCAAGUGUGCUGAAGAAACGAAGGGCGAGAAGCCUCUGGUCUCCCUACUGGAUGACGACGAGAAUGGGUUCGCCUACGAUACUGCCCUGUGGAUGUGCCUCAAGUGCGGUACACAGCUGUGCGGUCGCUCCCAGAUGAAACACGCCAAGGCGCAUUACGAGACUCCACGAUCGGAUCAGCACUCGUUGUGUAUCAACACGACCAAUUUUGAGAUAUGGUGCUAUCAGUGUGACGACAGGGUUAAACCGAACUCGCUACCCCGUUUGCAGGAGUGUGUCGAAUUUGUUAAAAAGACAGCCAACAAAUCUAAAGAGCUAGAUUACCAAGAUCAACCUUUCGGUCCUCUGAAUGUUGGUGAUAACGAAUUGAUCGCUGUAAUGGGUGAUGUGCUUCCGAUUCAGAACUCUGUCUCUGGACCCACGCCGGCUGUAAACUCUUCAGCUGUAACGAACAGCACGAUGGGAACCACACCGCAAUACCGUGCAAUCAGGCCCGAAUUAGCGGGUGUCCGAAAGCUGGGCCUCCCGAGCUUACUGACGCCGUCCAUUGUGGAUAACUUGCCGCGGGUUCGCGGUUUGUCCAACUUGGGCAACACGUGCUUUUUCAAUGCCGUCCUGCAGUGUCUGGCCCGAACACCGUUUCUAACGGAUUUGCUAAAACAAAACGGCGAACAUUUCCAAUUGCCCGGGGGACCGCUGAAGCUGACCGAUGACAGUGAAAUUAAUGUCGCUCCCAUCGGUGGCCCACUGGACAACUUUGGGCAGCUUACGUUGGCGCUGGCCAAUACCCUGAGCGAACUACAGUCGGGCAGCGGAGGAGUGUUCACGCCGCGGCCCUUGCUCAAACAGCUAACGGACAAGUGGCCUCAAUUCGACGGCGGUGAUCAGCAGGAUUCGCACGAGCUGCUCCGGCAUUUGCUGGAAAGUGUGCGCAACGAGGACAUGCGGAGAUACCAACGUGUGGUUCUAGUGGUCAUGGGUUACCUGAAGAACUCGAAGGACGUCAACGAGCAGGACAAACAGAAGGUGAAAUUUUACGGAGAACAGAUUCAGAACCGAAUCCUGGUACCGGAGCCAGUUUUCCAGGGCUGCUUCGUGUCGACGCUCACCUGCCAGGAGUGCUUCCACGAGUCGUGUCGGCACGAAUACUUCCUUGACUUGUCGAUUCCGGUUUGCACCGAGAAACCGCACCCGCAGCUGCACCGGCGAAAGGCCAGCCCGGACCAGACAUCGGCUGAGGUUAGCGCCGAUUACACGUGUCGAGGGGCAGCGAAAGGUGAUCGGGACGUUCCGAAACCGCUGACCAGUACCGAAAAGCGGAAAAUUAAGAAAGCUCGCCAGGCAGCCAAGAAAGCGUCUCGACAAAUUUCCUUAAAAGUGACCCCAGCUAGCGGCGUUGGUGACUCACAGCUACCUGAAAAUGAUGAGGACACGACAGGUGCUGCCGGGGGUUCCGAUGGAGUAUCUGCUUCAGCGCAGGAUGGUGCCGAAUCGAGUGCCGAUAGAGACGGAAUGUCCGAUGCGGAUGUGGAAGACAAUCUGACUGAUGACGCUCAACCUCGAAGGGGUGGUUUGUUGGACCAGAACGGGAACCAAUCGGCGGCUGGAACGGCUGCCGGAGGACCAGAGAAACGCGAUGACGCACCGGAAAAUCCAAAUAAGGAAGAUACUGCCGUGAAGAAUGUGGUUUGCGAGCUAGGAAUCAGCGCCGAGGGGGUGGCCAAUAUGAUAGGGAAGAUGAGUUUGAAUCCAAGGGACAAAGAAAGUGGUGGCGGCGAUGAAAUACCGGAAUUGAACAAGUUGAAACCUCGUCGGCAGCGAACAGCUUGUCGUACAUUGGCUCCGCGCUACCAAUGCGAUGAAAACGAGUGCUCCAUCCAAUCUUGCUUGAACAGCUUUACAGUGGUGGAAAUGAUGACCGGAAACAACAAAGUUUGUUGUGAUAAUUGCACCGAACGCAUCAACGGCAAGGACGGGAAAUCAGUCUACACCAAUGCCACCAAACAGUUCCUUAUUUCGUCGCCUCCAGCCAUCCUCAUUAUUCACCUGAAACGCUUCCAGGUUGGACCACGUGGAAUACUCCGAAAAAUCACCAAGGCUGUUACUUUCCCAUUCGUCUUGGACAUUGCCCCGUUUUGCGUUUCAGGCGUCGAACAUCUUCCCAAAGUUAGACGUGGUCAGAAAAAAUUGCUCUAUUCGUUGUACGGAAUUGUCGAACAUUCGGGAACUAUGCAUGGUGGACAUUACGUAGCCUACGUCAAGGUGCGUCCAGAGUUGCCGAAGGACGAUCACCGGUGGACGUAUCUAGCUAAAAGCGCCAAAUCUGAAUUAGAUCAACAGAGUGAAGAGGCGCUUCGGAUGCAGCAUGAACUUGCUCGCGAAAAGGCCCACCAGAUGAUGACGGCGGCGCGGGACAGCGACGACGCUUUGACCUCGACCAGCAGCAGCAGCAGUUCGUCAGCCUCCAGCCCAGCCUCGUCCGAACGUUCCUCAGAGGGUGAGGAGGAAGGCGCCGUUGGGUACAGUUCAAAGCCCACGCAGCAGCAGCAGUCGGAAUUGCUGCCGGACGUCGAUCCGCCACCCGGCAAAUGGUACUACGUUUCUGACAGCCACGUGCGUGAAGUGUCCGAAGAUAGCGUUCUCAGCGCCCAGGCUUAUCUGCUGUUCUAUGAGAGAAUUUUCUAAAAUGGGGUUUACCAUAUUUCUGUUGAUCAGAGUUAGUUUAACGCAGAAUAACGAACGCCGGGUUUCGUUUUACCCCCUUCGACAGACAGAGUUUAAUUAUGCUGAUUACUGUUAACAUUUUUUUUGUGUUAUCAUUUUCUAGGUUUUAUACAAAUCGUUGUAUUCGAAUUUUUUUUCUUUAAAGCCCAAGUUCAUAGGAAAAUACAAGUUUACCUAGCCUAUCAUUCGCACUUCUUAGAAAAAUUUUCUUAAUUUUUGUGCUAUGAAUCCGGACGAUGCUGUUGUCUCAUAACUCAUUAGGUAGUUUCUAUAUCAAUUUCCUGAGCACUAUAUUCCCUGUUUAAAAAAAAUUGAUCAACCUGAAAAAUCUCUACGUUCGAUUGGUGGUAAGCAUGUUUUUGACCAUUUACCGCUUGGACAGCUGUCGAAGGAUGAGUGCUUCAAAAACCUGUCGGUGUAACCCUACAGUUGCUGUUACUCAAUUUUCUUGAUUUAGUUUAACAUAUAAAAUUUAUUUCACGUCGGUUGCAUUCGUAAUAUUACAAGCAAUUUGUGUGUAGAAAAACUUUUUCGUUCUAUUUUUUUUCGUUAUGGAAAUUUGAGAAAUGUGUCAUUCUUUGAAAGCUUCUGUUUUCGGUAUUGAUUCCCGUCAUUAGAUGGUGCUGCUAAUUCUUGCUCGGGUUAGUCGAUUUGAAACGAGUCGCGAAAAAUAUUUGAUUCCGUUGUUGAAGGGGAAUUUUUUUUUGAAAACAAUAAAAAAUGCCUAAUAGAAACCGACACAACAACCAAAUUACUAGUAGCAGCAUAGAAAUCGCUUGUUAUUGAAUAAAUCCUCAUAUAUAUGAUCAACGAUUAAGGGUAGAUCCAACAAAUAAAUAAAAUUGCUAUAAGAGCCAUCCGCUUCCGUAGAAGUUUGAUAGCAAAACAAAACAAUAAGUUUAACCCCUCAUUGGAAUGUAUAAAUACCAAAAAACCUUAGCUUUCCUGAGGGUAGCAUUUAGUAUCAAAAAAGGGUAAAAAUCAAUUUAAAAAAGAGGAAAGUUAUGAAAAAUGUAAGAACAUUACAUAAUGUAACACCAUUAUAAGUAAAACGGUGAUAAAUUAUCAAGAGUGGAAAAAUCAUUAUAAAAGAUUAUGGGCAUUGUGGAACGUAACUUUCAGGAAUAAUAAAUUUAGAGAAGCGAACAACAUAACUCAAUUACGUUAGGACAUUCAUUCUCUACCUGUACCAUAGGAAGUAGUAUUUUGAAAUUACCCCAAUCAAUUAUGAUAAAGAAAAAAACGAAGGCAAUGCAUCUGCUACGAAUAAACUACCUACAACUUAUAUUAUUGCUCUACCUAUAUACACUACUUCAGAUUUACUAUUAUAUUGAAACAAAUUGCGCAAGCGAACAAUUCAGCAGCAACUGAAACCGUCAGCCGUAUUGUUGUAAGCCCUAUUCGCUAGCUAAUAGAAACACAUUUAUCUAUAUCUACUUGUUUUUAUUUUUGUCAAUUUUGUCGAAAACAGAAAAAAUAAAAGAAUACAGUCUAUAAACAAAA